GUUCAAAUAUAUAUAUAUAGUACAUCUUUCUUCAAUCAAAAUAUAUAAUCAAGAGUAGAGAUCGAUCGAUCGAGGUAGCUAGCCAGAGGAGAAAAUGGACUUUGGAAACUCUCUGAUUGUGCCAAGUGUUCAGGAAUUGGCAAAGGAUCCGAAUAUGGUGACCAUCCCACCAAGGUAUAUCCGCCUUGAUCAAAACCAAACCAACAAUAAUAAUAAUUCUGAUUCUGAUUCUUCUUCUUCUUCUGGUGAUGAAAUCCCAGUUAUCAACUUCCAAAACCUAUAUGAAUCGGAAUCAUCAUAUGAAUCAGAACUGGCUAAACUCCACUCAGCUUGCAAGGACUGGGGCUUCUUCCAGUUGGUCAACCAUGGGAUCAGUAGUUGUUUGGUAGAGAAAAUAAAGAAAGAGGUAGAAGAGUUGUUCAAGCUGCCAAUAGAGGAGAAGAAAAAGCUAUGGCAGAUUCCAGGAGAAGUAGAAGGGUUUGGACAAGCUUUUGUAGUUUCUGAACACCAAAAGCUUGACUGGAAUGAUAUCUUCUUUCUCACUACCUUACCACUUUCUUUCAGGAAGCCUCACUUGUUUCCAAACCUCCCUCUUCCUUUCAGGGAAACUUUGAGUAUUUAUUCAUUAGAACUGGAAAAACUAGGCAAGGAUCUAAUCUCCCAAAUGGAAAAGGCACUUGGAAUAGAAAGCAAGGAAAUUUCAAAGCUGUUUGAAGAUGCAAUGCAGUCAAUGAGAAUGAACUAUUACCCUCCAUGCCCUAAACCAGAGCAAGUCAUAGGUCUCACCCCUCACUCUGAUGCCGUAGGCCUUACCAUUCUCCUUCAAGUGAGCCAAGUAGAAGGCCUGCAAGUCAAGAAAGAUGGUAUUUGGGUCCCUGUCAAGCCCCUCCCAGAUGCUUUUAUUGUCAAUAUAGGAGACAUAUUAGAGAUGAUAACGAAUGGAGUAUAUCGUAGCAUUGAGCACCGAGCAACAGUAAACUCUGCGCAGGAAAGGCUCUCCAUUGCCACAUUCCUCAAUCCGAGCGUAGAUGCCGAAAUAGGCCCGGCGCACGGCUUGGUCACGCAGCAAAAUCCUGCGCUAUACAAAACACUGGGACUUAGAGACUAUGUUAAGGGUCUAUUUUCCCGCGAGCUUGAUGGAAAAUCUUACAUUGAUGCUAUGAAAUUAUAAAUAAGCCCAGCUUCUGUAAUGUACUGGGGUUUAUAAGAAUUGCUUUAAUAAAGUAAUAAAUCUUGUCCCCAUCAAUUAAAAAAAACAUAUUUUGCAAUCAAUAUAAAUAUUAACGUUUUACUUUGUCA